CCCGACUUCCGCUUCACCUCAGCCAGAAGCCACCGCACUCCUCCGCCGCAGCCGCCGCCAUGGCGCUUCUCUUCCCGGUCCGCCUUGCUGCCCUCCCUCCUCGCCUGGCCUCAUGUGCCGCCCGAGCCAGCUCCUGGUGGGCCCAAGUGGAGAUGGGCCCCCCGGACCCCAUCCUGGGUGUGACAGAGGCCUUCAAGCGUGACACCAGUGCCAAGAAGAUGAACCUGGGGGUGGGGGCCUACCGUGACGACAACGGAAAGCCCUACGUCCUCAACUGCGUCCGUAAAGCAGAAGCCCAGAUCGCGGCCAAGAAGAUGGACAAGGAGUACCUGCCCAUCGCCGGCCUGGCAGAAUUCACCAAGGCCUCAGCGGAGCUGGCACUCGGCGAGAGCAACGAGGUCAUCCAGAGCGGACGGUAUGUCACGGUGCAGACUAUUUCCGGGACGGGGUCCCUAAGAGUCGGGGCCAACUUCCUGCAACGCUUCUUCAAGUCCAGCCGUGACGUCUACCUGCCCAAACCCUCCUGGGGCAACCACACUCCCAUCUUCCGGGACGCGGGGAUGCAGCUGCAGAGCUACCGCUACUACGACCCCAAGACUUGCGGCUUCGACUUCACCGGGGCCUUGGAGGACAUUUCCAAAAUCCCAGAGAAGAGCAUCAUCCUUCUCCACGCCUGCGCACACAACCCAACCGGUGUGGACCCACGGCCUGAACAGUGGAAAGAGAUGGCCGCUUUAGUGAAGAAGCGGAACCUCUUUGCCUUCUUCGACAUGGCCUACCAGGGCUUUGCCAGCGGAGACAUCAACCGGGACGCCUGGGCCGUCCGGCACUUCAUUGAGCAAGGCAUCAACAUCGUCCUCUCCCAGUCCUACGCCAAGAACAUGGGCCUCUACGGGGAGCGUGUGGGGGCCUUUACGGUGGUCUGCCAGGACGCGGAGGAGGCCAAGCGCGUGGAGUCCCAGCUGAAGAUCCUGAUCCGGCCCAUGUACUCCAACCCGCCCGUCAACGGGGCCCGGAUCGCCUCCACCAUCCUCAACAGCCCCGACCUGCGGAAGGAGUGGCUGACGGAGGUGAAGGGCAUGGCCGACCGCAUCAUUGGCAUGCGCACCCAGCUGGUGGCCAACCUGAAGAAGGAAGGCUCCUCCCACAACUGGCAGCACAUCACCGACCAGAUCGGCAUGUUCUGCUUCACAGGGCUCAAGCCGGAACAGGUGGAGCGGCUGACGAAGGAGUUCUCGGUGUACAUGACGAAGGACGGGCGCAUCUCGGUGGCGGGGGUCACCUCGGGCAACGUGGCCCACCUGGCCCACGCCAUCCACCAGGUCUCCAAGUAGCGAGAGCCUUUGGGGCAGGAGGAUGAAGAAGAAGAAGAAGAGGAGGAAGAGGAGGAAGAGGCAGCAGUGCGGAGGUCCACACGGUUGAAUGUAUUCCCAAUGCAGCCCUGCCUGCCUCCCUUCCGGCCUGUCCUUUUGUGUGCUUUCACCAAAAAUAUGGAGCCUUUCAUGCUUGUAAUGUUUUUUUUUUCUUUUUGUGGAUAUUGUGGAAAAUGCCCCUAGUGUUUGUCACCCAAAGAUUGUGCCGUGUGGGCCCCAUCUACACUGACAUAUCGAAUCCACAUUGAACUGGAUUAUAUGGCAGUGUAGAUGGAGCCUGGAUCUACACUGCCAUUUAAUCCAGAUUAUCCAAGCAGACAAUAAUAAUAUUAAUAAUAUCAAUAAUAUUAUUAUUAUUAAUAAUAAUAAUAAUUUUAUUUUUGUAUCCCGCCUCCAUCUCCCCGGGGUAGCUCACAUGGGGACAAUUCCGAUCAACAUAAUCAGCAAAAUUAAAACAUAACCACAUAAAAUAAUAUAAACAACAUACAACAACAUUAACAGCAAUUAGAACCUGAGUAGUAAUAAUUGCUGGAAAUUCAGAGGAUAAGAAUUUGUGCAUAGAACUAUACUCCAAAGCUGGCAAAGCUAUACAUGCAAAUGUAACCAGCCAUUUUUAUAUGAAAACAGGGAACACAAAAAUAUUAAAACAGCUUUACUUUGUAAGGUCUGCUUUGAUCUGGGCUGUAUGGCAGUGUAGACUCAUAUAAUCCACUUCAAAGCAGAUCAUGUGGAUUGUCUACUUGGGUAAUCCGGAUUAUAUGGCAGUGUAGAAGGGGUCUGAGUCUACACUGCGAUAUAAUCCAGUUCAAAGCAGACAAUCUGGAUAUAACAGUAUAGAUGGGUCCAGGGGCCCUUUCUACACUGUAGUAUAAUCCAGAUUAUCUGCUUUGGACUGGAUAAUAUGGGGCCCCUUAUACACUACCAUAUAAAAAUUCAGAUCUGUUUUGAACUGGAUUAUGUGCCAGUGUAGGCUAUUAUAAUCCAGUUCAAAGCAGACAAUCUGGAUAUAACAGUAUAGAUGGGUCCGGGGGCCCUUUCUACACUGUAGUAUAAUCCAGAUUAUCUGCUUUGGACUGGAUAAUAUGGGGCCCCUUAUACACUACCAUAUAAAAAUUCAGAUCUGUUUUGAACUGGAUUAUGUGCCAGUGUAGGCUAUUAUAAUCCAGUUCAAAGCAGACAAUCUGGAUAUAACAGUAUAGAUGGGUCCGGGGGCCCUUUCUACACUGUAGUAUAAUCCAGAUUAUCUGCUUUGGACUGGAUAAUAUGGGGCCCCUUAUACACUACCAUAUAAAAAUUCAGAUCUGUUUUGAACUGGAUUAUGUGCCAGUGUAGGCUAUUAUAAUCCAGUUCAAAGCAGACAAUCUGGAUAUAACAGUAUAGAUGGGUCCAGGGGCCCUUUCUACACUGUAGUAUAAUCCAGAUUAUCUGCUUUGGACUGGAUAAUAUGGGGCCCCUUAUACACUACCAUAUAAAAAUUCAGAUCAGUUUUGAACUGGAUUAUGUGCCAGUGUAGGUUAUUAUAAUCCAGUUCAAAGCAGAUAAUUUGUAUUAUAUGGCAAGGUAGAAGGGGCCUGAGUCUCCACUGCUGUAUAAUCCAGUUCAAAGCAGACAAUUUGGAUAUGAUAGUGGCAGCGUAGAUGGGUCCGGAGGCCCUUCCUAGACUGCAAUAUAAUCCAGAUUAUCUGUUUUGAACUGGAUUAUGUGGCAGUGUAGGUUAUUAUAAUCCAGUUCAAAGCAGAUAUGGCAGGGUAGAAGGGACCUGAGUCUCCACUGCCAUAUAAUCCAGUUCCAAUCAGAUAAUCUGGAUUUUAUAUGGCAGUGUAGACCUCAGUGCCAGGUUCGAGUGACGGGCCUUUUUGGAGGGUCCUGCCUCCCGUUGCCGUGACAAAAAAGUGCUUUGUUUGCACACACAGACACACAAAUCCCAUUGUUCCCAAAGGCCGCUUCGCAAUCCUCUGUUUUUAUUCAAAUAUUCAUUUGUUUCCAAAGAAAGCCCAGAAGAGGAGGGAGUUUUGGGCCUGGGUUUCUUCCCACGAAAUGGUGCAAACCGAGCCCUUUCCUCGGGGCUUUGCCUUCUGCUUCCGCACAGAUUUUUGACCUGAUUUAAUACACCUUCCGUCUCAAGUAGUACGGCCAGGCAGAUGGGUUCCUUUUCUUUGCCAAACAUACUCUUGCAUCGUUUCCACUGUUAAAUUAUUACCAUUAUGAUCAAACUGACAGUAGGUAGCAUUUCUUGCUUUGGAACCAAAUCAAAGGGUAGCCAGUAGAAUAUUACAGCACAAUAAAUUACAUUGCAUUUGAUCUUCGGGAAAGACGGGUAGGUUUGAGAUGGUGGGAAUCGCGGGGAUUUAUUGCAUUGCCUUCCCGUCAUCCCCUUGCUGGGAAUUGCAGUCCGUUGACUCCUAGCCAAUGGGGCGCUUCCCAGAGUCCUGUUUUGGAGGAUUUUGUGUUUUCCUUUGUUGUGUUUCUGCUUUGAUUUCUGCCUUCUUCCGUCCUUUUCCUGGAGAACCUUCUGCCGUUCUGUAGAAACCAUUCUGGCCUUGGUCCAGUUCCAGCCUCUUGUUUGGAAGGAAAUAAUAAAGCUGCUGCUAUACGUUG